CAGAUCUCUUUUAAAAAACCACAUUACUUCUGGUCCCUUCAACCAUGAGAAAAGGGAGACUCUCCUCCGCCGUCCCACCCGCCCUUCCCGUAACCGCCAACGGAUCCACGAAGGAGCCGAGGUAUAGAGGCGUCAGAAAAAGACCAUGGGGCCGUUUCGCCGCAGAGAUCCGUGACCCUUUAAAAAAGUCACGUGUCUGGCUCGGUACUUUCGACUCCGCAGUGGAAGCCGCACGUGCCUACGAUGCAGCCGCUCGUAACCUCCGUGGUCCCAAGGCCAAAACUAACUUCCCCAUCGAUUGCUCUCCUUCCUCUCCUCUCCAACCACUCUAUCAUCAGAACCAGAUCGAUCCGUUUAUGGAUCACCGGUUAUACGGUGACCAGCAGAUGAUUAUCAGCCGCCCGGCGAGUAGCAGCAUGAGCAGCACCGUUAAAUCGUUUAGCGGACAGGGACAGAGACCUUCUUCUUCUUCUGUUGCGAAGCCGUUGCCUGCGGCGAAGAGGUAUCCGAGGACUCCGCCCGUGGCGCCUGAGGAUUGCCGUAGCGAUUGUGAUUCGUCGUCGUCGGUGGUUGAUGAUGGAGAGGGAGACGAUAUCGUUUCGUCGUCUACGAGGAGGAAAACGCCGCCGUUUCAGUUUGAUCUUAAUUUUCCGCCGUUGGAUGGCGUUGACUUGUUUGAUGAUGAUCUCCACUGCACCGAUCUACGUCUUUGAUGAUUUGUGGGUAUUUUAAAAAAAAAGAAUCCGUGAUUUACAGAAAAAAAAAAAGAAAUCUCAGAUUUUUUUUUUUUAAUUUUCCUUUGAUCUUAUAUUGAAAGUAAAUUAAAAGAAGGAAUUAAGAAAAAGGAAGUGAGCACGGUGGUGAUUUUGUCGUUGUGAAUCGCAAUGGCAACGAAGAUGAUGACGAUAUUAUAAAAGAGAGAGAUUGUGUGUAAGAUCUGUUAAUGGACAUGCGCAGAAGAUGUGUAACAAGCUUGGAGAAAUGGUGAAGCUCAUUUGCUGCCUAGAUUGGGUGAUUCGAAGAAAGUUGGAAUACUCAAUUGUUAUUGCUAAGCCUGAAGUUUGUGCAUUCAGAUGUUUAGAUUCAGAAGGGAGACAAGAAAGACUGUCCCUUUUCUGCACCCAAUUAUUGAAUGUAUGGAGAUGGGCAUGGUCAAUGGGGGGUGAUGAGUUGGAUGAUCCAUAGAGCUCACCGGGCAAAGGCCAAAUCUUUAGGUUAAAGUUUGGUGGCUGAAAUGAUGUUGAUCUGUAAAUGCUGUUGGGUGGUAGAAUUCGUUGUAUGUGUUUGACCGUCUGAUUAAAUUUUGCUGGUCUGAGUUGUCCCAGAUUUGGUAUCUACUUUACUUCUCUGUUACGGAUUCAGACAGUGAAUCUUUGUGUUUGAAGCAAGACUGAGCUUUUUUGUGUGUUUUUGUUUUUUGUUUUUACCGUAUUGGGGUAAAGAAGUCAUGACGUGUCUUGUUCUUUACUGUAAAGAUUUAUUACUGGAACCUAACUCAACUCUCAAGUCACUUUCUCUUUCUUUUUGGGGUUCGAAAAUUCUGGUCAAAAAGUAUGUUCCUUUACUGUUGUAACCUUUCGAGAAUUGAGGGGUUCAAAGCUUCCUCUACGUUUAGUAUAUGAUCGAA